ACUUUUUGGGCGGUAGCUGUCAAAAAAUACACACAACUUAUUUAUUGCUCUGUAUUUAUUUACUUGAAUAAUUAGUUUUUACCUAUUUAUUGGGUGGAUUUGAUUACCUUAUGUAUUAGUUCACUUCAGUACACUUGCCAGUCUUUUUCACUUCACUUCUAUCACUAUCUCCUGGACUUCCACUACACCUCAUCAUUGUCAUCUCAUAAUGGACGCCAUAUCACAGCUGUGCAAAAACAUGGAAGAGCUUAAGAGUAUGUUCAACUCCAGGAUGACAUCAUUCGAACAGUCUCUAGAUGGCCCAGCUACUGCGGACAAUUCUUCUGUCUCAAACAGUGAGUACCAAACAUUCAAGACAUUUAUUUGGAAGGCUGUCUCGGGUCUUAGCAGCCAGAUGGAUUUGGUUUUAUGUGCUCUUGAUGAGUUUGAAAUGAGGUCAAGAUCCAGUAUGCUGCUUCUUCAUGGACUCGCUGAGGAGAAGGAUGAAGACAUUGCAGACAUCCUAGUAAAGCUUUGCCGUGAUAAAUUGAACAUUUCGGUCACUUCUAAUUCUUUCUCUGCAUGUUGGCGUAUGGGUGGAUCCCCUAAAGCAGAUAAACCGCGUCCCAUCCUCCUUAGAUGUGGAGACAUCUCUUUCCGCCGUGAUAUAUGGUCUGCUAAAAAGCUUUUAAAGGGAAGUGGCUUGACCUUCUCGGAAUUCUUAACGGCACCUAGGCAUGCGGUAUUUGUUGAAGCACGUAAGGCCUUAGGGAUUAGCGGUUGCUGGACGAGCGAUGGAAAGAUUGUCGUUGUGACUGUCAAAGGCUCCAGAAAGAAGAUCACCACUAGGGCACAAUUAACAGCGGUAAUUGAAGAGCAUGCGGCCGCUAAGUGCAGUGAUAAGCCAGCGGCGACGGUGGCGGUUGAAGAUAUAUCUAACACGGCCCCCUCUAGCAAGAAGGCAGGCCCUCCGUCCAUCAAGUCAACCCGGGCCCCGAGUGCCCGGCUUCAUUCCAAACCGUCGAGGGUCUAGGGAUUCCGUUGCUGUAUUGUCGCCGGUAUCUUUUAGCUUGAGUUCAGUAGGUAUCUUUAUAUUUCAUUCUACUAGCGGUGUUUUGUACUUUAAUUUUUUUUUUUUGUGGAUUGUAUUUUAAGGGUAUUUCUAUACAUAUUUUACUGGUAAACACAUUUAAAUUCUGACCCACACACUUUGUCACGUUCAAAAUUUAGGUAGUUCAUGUUAAUGUUAUUUUUGCACGCUCCUUCAUUUAAUAGUCAUUUUGAGCCAUUAGCUGUCAAGUUUG